CAAAUGUCAUAUUGUAUAACAUAUAUGGUGUAUUUGUAGUUUCAGUUCAGGUAAUUCAGUAUGUCUUCAACGCUACGCAAGACGGCGAGUGUUAUAUUCUUUCAUGGCUCGGGCGAUACGGGACCCAAUGCGCUCGAAUGGGUGCGCGGUCUGAUUGGACGCGACUUUGCUGGCUCGCAUAUCCGAUAUCUAUUUCCCACAGCGCCCGAGCAGAAGUAUACGCCCUUUGACGGCGAGAUAUCCACGGUGUGGUUCAAUCGAUCGACCAUUCACAUUGAUGCGCCCGAAGAAGUGGAGAGCAUGUCGGAGAGUGACGACAUAGCCAAUGCGCUCAUCCAGAACGAAGUGGAGCGAGGUGUGCCCACGAGUCGCAUCAUUGUCGGUGGCUUCUCCAUGGGCGGUGCUCUGGCUCUACACACGGGCUACCGCCUGAACACAGACGUGGCGGGCGUAUUCGCGCACUCUGCGUUCCUGAACCGCAAAUCGGUUGUCUACGAGUCGCUGGCAGGUGCAUCAGUGCUUCCAGAACUGCGCAUGUAUCAUGGCACAGACGACGAUGUCGUUGAGUACGAAUGGGGUCGAGACACCUUCGACAAACUGCGAAAGUUGGGCGUAAGUGGAACCUUCACCACCUUGGAUAAUGCCGCACAUGAGCUCAUGGAGAGCUCAAUGUUGGAUGUCGAGCAGUGGAUACUAGAGAAGUUGCCUUAGACUAGAG